GAUCCCGAAUAUUCUUCUAUCAUCUCAAUUCUCCACAGCUCAGACCCAGUCGGAAUACAAACGACCCCCAGUUGUAUUGUUCGUACAUGGGGAAUCCUACGAAUAUGGUUCUGGAAAUGCGUACGAUUUAAGUGUUCUUGCGGGCUUUACCGGUGCUGUCUGCAUAACACUCAACUAUCGGCUUGGGUUGUUGGGGUUUCUUUCACUUAAAGAUGGACAGAGUAAUGGGAACUUUGCUUUGUUCGAUUUGCAAGCCGCGCUGCUAUGGAUACGAACAAAUAUUGCACGUUUCGGGGGUGAUCCUGAACAAAUAACGCUCAUGGGUUAUGGACAUGGGGCCGCGCUGAUCCACCUAUUCUCACUGUCCAAAUUAUCCCAAGGGUUUGGAGCUCAUGGCAUCAGGCGGAUUAUUUUGCUCAAUGGCUCCAGUUUGGCUGCCUGGGCUACCUCCGGUUCAGAAGAACUUGUGAUGAGAGAACUGGCAAAGCAACUGAAUAUCACAGAUGCCGUGGAGUUGGAGAACUCAAGUCAAAUGAAACGGACAGACAACCAACCUGCCCCGAUUCUCGGUGAUUCCUCUAAACUGACGCCAUUGAAGACACACUCCGAGGUCUUUAAAGCAAAUGCUGCAUCGGUGAACCAAACACAAGUACCAAAUAAUACUACUAAACCCAAACGACCGUCACUUUCACAACUACUCGUCAACCGACUCAAACAGUUGUCGUUUGAUAACCUUGUUCGAUUACAAAAAAAUCUUACGGCACUACCAUGUGCCGAGCGUCUGGGUCCAGUAGUUUCGAAGCAUUUAUUCACAAGUCUUCUAAGCAGUGAUAAAUAUCUAAAAUCCAGAGAGAAAACGGAAUCAAACAACAACGGAAAGCCGUGGACAAGUCUGUUUUCCAAGGUUGACCUGAUGAUUGGAUUUGUUAAGCAGGCAGCUGACAGGUUUUACUCACGGUCGAAAACGCAUGGAAUUGAGUCUUCGAGUUUGCUGCAGUGUCUUCAUUUUAUGUACCCACAGAAUCAACAAGUCAUUUCCGACGUGCUCCAAUAUCUGUACAAAGACUUUCCAAUACAGGAAGUGGGCAAUACUGACCCCAGUUUGGAACAUCCUGACCACCAUUUGGCGCAAAUGCUCACCAUUCUCUCUGAUGGGUUCUACCGAGCUCCUGCUUUCCAAACGGCAUCACUUCAUCGGAAACUUUCGAAUACUGUUUCGGCCGAAUCGAAAGUUGCUGGUUCGAGAAAAACUUUUCUGGCUAGUUUUACACAUCAGUCGACAAGCGCAGAUCAAUCAGGAACGUCUGAACUCCGGUCAAAGAAAGUUUUGCACGGUCCUGGCUUUGGAGAAGACUUGGCAUACGUACUUGGAGCUCCAUUGGUCAGUCCAAAUAGGGUAGACCCGUUUGACGGGGCAUAUUCCAGAUAUGAUGCCACCAUAUCUCAGAACAUGCUCAAUUAUAUUGCAAACUUCAUAAAUACCGGAAACCCAAACAAAAGCCUGCGGAAGGAUAACAGCGAAAAUUCGUCAAAUUACUGGCCGGAGUACGACGAUCACACAAAGGUCUAUUUGAAUAUUGGCUCCAGAAAUUCCCGUUCAGACGUCAAAAGCACUGAUUUCCCAUGUACUAUAGAACAUGGCAGCCAGGACAAGAAGCUACCUAUCUGGACAGAACUGCUUCCAAGACUAGCCGGGCUCCCAAGUACAAAAAAAUCUCAUAAUCCGACACAAAAGCAUGAGGAAAACUCUGAGUCCAUUGAAAAACACCAGAAUACCACGCUAGGAUCACCAUCCCAGUCCCAGAAUUCGGGGAGCCUACAAACUGAAUUCGAGCGUUGGUUGCCUGUUCCGGGAAGCAUCCAGUCAUACCUGUAUUUCUUUCACCUGCGCGAUAGGCAGCGUGCAUGCAGUGGCACUUGCGUGUCAACGAACGUCACCUAUUUAACAAGUGCAAGGGUGUUUCUACCAGAUCAUGCGUCUGAGGAAGACGACGGGGAGCAGGUAUCUGGUGGUCAGUCGUUCCAACCAAUCUUCGACGAUUAUGUGGUUCCGAAAUUCGAGGGCAAGCAGCUGUUUCAGCUUCCUCAAACCGAAACCGUCCCUUCAAAGCGAAACGUCGGCGGACAAUCCGAAGCGCUCUCGGCACAGCAGAGACGUAUUGAAUUCAAUCCCAUUACGAGAACGGCGCUUCUAUGGACCAUCGCCACAGGUUUGACUCUCUUCCUUCUGAACGCACUGGUCUUCAUAGGAAUCUAUUACCAAGCACACAGACUGCGUUCGGACCAUGCAAUGUUCGAAGACGUGCCAGCUAUUAACACUCAAAACAAGACGCCAGCAGGACAUCUGAAACGUGUAUCGGAAACUCGAUCGAGUAAAGUCAGUGAUGUGACUGCAUCCAAUUCGGCCUGCGUUCCUCAAAGAAAGAUCGGGAAACCCAGGCCCAACUAUGUAUUACAGGGUGGACAGAGCGCAAUCGAACACGAGCCAGUUAACUGUGAGGACCAGGGUGCGUCGAGUACCCCACUCACUCCCCUACCUUCUCAACCACCAAGGCCAUCAGAUGGGGGACCAACGGCUACCAUCAGUCCUAUUCCGCAAACACAAGGAUUCCAACAUGUAUCGGAUAACGCAGAAUACAGAUGGCAAUCAAGCAAACCCAUGGUUGACCUCAGCACUCUCCGUCGUAUGCAACUGCCAUUUCCAGCCACUCGAAGUCACACACUUGUGAACUCGAGUGAUGGUGCGACUCAGCAAGUUUAUUUCGGGCCAUAUUGCGCAUACUG